UUUACAACGUGACAUCCGGUUGUCAAUUUCCCCAGACGCGACGGUGGAGGUGGAGGAGAAGCUGUGUGGCCCGAAGACGCCGUGGGCCCAGUGGUGGUGGGCUCCGCGUGGGCUCGCCUCGUCCUGCCCCCUCUGCGAUGCAUCCGCGGCGCCCGGAGGGAUUCGAUGGCUUGGGCUAUCGCGGCGGUGCCCGGGAUGAGCAGGGCUUUGGUGGCGCUUUCCCUGCAAGGUCCUUCAGCUCCGCGUCGGACCUGGGCCACUGGGUGACCACUCCCCCAGACAUCCCGGGUAGCCGCAACCUACACUGGGGCGAGAAGAGCCCGCCCUACGGUGCGCCCGCCCCCUCCACCCCCGAAGGCCCCGUGGAGGAACCCUUUCCCGGCGGCGGCGGCGGCGGCAGCGGCAGCGUGUCCGGGCAGAGCAGCGAACAGUUGAGUAGAUUUGCUGGAUUUGGUAUUGGACUUGCAAGUCUCUUUACAGAAAAUGUAUUGGCCCAUCCUUGCAUUGUUCUCCGCCGCCAAUGUCAGGUUAAUUACCAUGCUAGGCAUUAUCAUCUCACUCCAUUUACAGUCAUCAAUAUUAUGUACAGCUUUAACAAAACUCAGGGACCGAGGGCCCUUUGGAAAGGAAUGGGAAGUACAUUUAUUGUCCAGGGAGUCACACUUGGAGCAGAGGGACUAAUCAGUGAAUUUACUCCAUUACCAAGGGAGGUUUCACAUAAAUGGAAUCCUAAACAAAUAGGAGAACACCUUCUACUGAAAUCUCUAACUUAUAUGGUGGCAAUGCCUUUUUAUUCAGCAAGCCUAAUUGAAACAGUACAGAGUGAGAUAAUUCGAGAUAACACCGGAAUUUUGGAAUGUAUUAAAGAAGGCAUUGGAAGAGUGAUAGGCAUGGGAGUGCCUCAUAGCAAACGACUACUUCCGCUCUUUUCCUUGAUCUUCCCUACGGUGCUGCAUGGGGUUCUUCAUUACAUCAUCAGCUCAAUAAUUCAGAAGUUCAUCCUACUAAUUCUAAAGAGAAAGACUUAUAAUAGCCAUGUAGCUGAGAGCACUAGCCCAGUGCAGAGUAUGUUGGAUGCUUAUUUUCCAGAACUUAUUGCUAACUUUGCUGCCAGUCUUUGCUCUGAUGUUAUACUUUACCCCUUGGAAACAGUUUUGCACCGCCUUCACAUUCAAGGAACACGCACAAUAAUUGACAAUACAGACCUUGGCUAUGAAGUGCUUCCAAUUAAUACACAGUAUGAGGGAAUGAGAGACUGUAUCAAUACCAUAAAGCAAGAGGAAGGAAUGCUUGGUUUUUAUAAAGGGUUUGGUGCUGUUAUAAUACAGUACACACUACAUGCAGCUGUUUUACAGAUUACCAAAAUUAUUUACUCUACACUUCUUCAAAAUAGUGUUUGAAAUUUGGGUUCCUGAUUAGUCUAAAAGAUAUAAUCUGGAUACUUCGUUAUGAAAUUUUGAGGGAUAAAGGUGAAUAGUGGGAUAAAAAAUGGAUUAGAAUGUGAAACUGGUAGAAAAAGCCCAUGCUGGUUAUAUAGACUCUUUUUUUUAAAGGCAUAGGUAUAUUGGAUCAAAAGUAUUCCAUAUUUGAAAACUGAAUAAAAAUAAUGCUCAUAUACAUUAAAUUCUAGAUAGUGUAGCAUGCUGAACUAAAAAUGAUCUUGGGCUGAAGCAAAAAUUUGUCAGGAAACAAAACAGUUUCACAGAGCUGAAUUUAUUCCAUCUGACUUUAAUAUAUAUUACAUAUUUAUUUCACCUUCUUGAUUGAUAUUGAUAUGUCACCCUUAAUAUAGUAUACAGUAUCAAGAGGUCAUAGUUUACCUUUAAGCAGAUAAAUUAUGUCAUCAGUGGUAAAGACAAGAAGGAUUAGAUUUGGCAAUCUGUAAGCAGGAGUUGAAGAAUUUUAAAUUGCAUUGUCCCUGUGUAACUGCUUGAUGGCGGCAUGUUGUAUAAAGCCAUUUAUGUACAUCUCUACAAAUUUUCCAUUCUUAGAUCAGUUUAUUGCCUAAAAUGAAGUCAUGCACUUUCUGCUUUACUAUCAGAAUAAAACAUUAAAAGCCAAGGUACCCAAAAGGUUUAAGGCAAACAACAUACUUGUCUAUUUCCAAAUCCAGCAUUUCAAUGCCAGCAUCUUAAAAUUCGCCAUGUUUAUAAAGCUUGAUUUGCUUACCUAGUCUGUGAAUCAUCAGGCUGUUUUUAGCGCCACUCUUAACAAAGAUAGAAUAUAAAAUAAUCAUGACAACUAUUACUGUUUCCAAAUUUACAAAUCGUGUGCUAAAAGGAACGUCACUUUCAUUUCUGAAUGACUUGUCUUGGUGGAGACAAAAUUAAAAUUUUCCUGGGAAUUUGUGUCUCUUGCCUUCUGUAUAGUCAUGAUUAAAUAAUGGCUUUUGUUUUUAUUUUCUUCUAGCCUUUGCUUAUAGUUUAUUCUCCAAACUAGAUAUACAUAAAGAGAAAAGCAGAUUUAUCCUCACCGCCUUUUAAACUUGUUUGGUUGAAUACUGAAGAAAAAAUACAAACUUUAAGGGAAGUUAGUUCUUGCUUUUUAUGGAUGAGGAAAAGAAGUAAAUUUCAACAAAUAAUCAAAAAAAUUGUUGCUCAGUUUAAUAAAAAAAUUCUGUCUGUUCCUAAAUGGGUGAAACUCUUUGUAUAGUAAAAUAAUAUGCAUUUGACUGAUCCAUCCUUAAAUGUUUUAGUUUCAUUUCCUCAUGUGAGCCAUCACAGUUUUACUGUGAACCAUUUAGCACACUGAAGUGCAAUGACUAUACACUGAUGUUGUCCAACCUAGAAUUUAUACAAACAUUUAUUUUACUUUCUAAAUGUCAAUGAAAUGGUUACUUUUUGUGAUUAAUAGUGUUGGAACCAAAAUAUGAUAUCCAAAAAGUGUAAAAUAGUACUUAAGUAGCAACUCUCUA